AUGACGCCCUCCUUUCCCCCGAACGGCUCCCCAUUCCGGCAGCCUGCCGCCCCGUACACGCAUCCUUCACCCGGUCAGACAAAUGGCUCGCCUCAAGCCAUCCCUCCUCAUAUCCCCCCUCAGUACCCAUACGUGAUGGCCCCCGGUCACUACGCGCCUUACCACUAUCCCCAGUAUCCUCAGCAGCUCAUGUACAUGCCCCCUCCCCGUCCUGUUGACUCGGCACAGGGCUCACCCCCUGUCCAGUCUCCCGCCUCAUCUCAGCCCGCGAAUGGCAAGCGCAAACGCAAGUCGGUCAGCGGCCAGGAUGGCGAUGCUUCGGACGGCGACGCGCCAGGUCCGAGCCCGGAGCCCCCUCGUCCUUCACCACUCACGAUAACAACAGGUAUGCACGAGAUCAAGAAACGUACAAAGACGCAGAGGGCGUGCGACAGCUGUAGGAGCCGUAAGAUCAGAUGCGACGUCCUUGUGGAGUCCGAGCCGCCACUGUGCCAGCAUUGCAAACAGUAUGGCUUUGACUGCACCUUUUUCCUGCCUAUCGCCGAGACUCGUUUCAAGAAGAAGAAGCUCGAGGAAGAGAACGCCGUUGCUGAAAAGGCCAAAGAGCCCCAUUCCUCAGUUACACCUCACGAUCCGCGCGCAUCAGACCCUAGAAUCUGCGGACCCACAUCAGAGGCCCACCUGCUGCAUUCGACGGCUACGAUAUCCUCUCGCAUUUACGAAUCCUACGACGUCCGACAUCAUCACACAUGGGAGGUAGCGCAGAACGGGGAUGGCCUCAUUCAAGUGAGGGAACCGAACCCGGACGAGACACAAUUGUCGAUGCCUAAGCCGGUCGAGAUGCAUAUCGACCGAAUCAUGAUCGAACAACUCGUCAACGCCUACUUCACCGAUAUUGCACCUAUCCUUCCUAUCAUCACACAGGCGGAGUUCCUCGCUACUAAUUCGCCGCCGCCAAUAUUACUCUAUUCUAUUUGCCUGGUCGCUGCCGCUAGGAGAGAGGUGCCUCAGAGCGUGUUCGAUUCGAUACGUUUUGCGGUUAAUAAUGUGAUCAAGACGGAGGACGUGCUGUCGACCGCUUCGAUCGCCAAUGUGCAGAGCUUGCUCAUCCUCUGUAUGGUCGGCGAUUGCCAUUCGCAAUUCGUGCCCAACGCCCUGUCAGCACUCUGGAUUAGGCUGGGCACCGCUAUUCGCAUGGCGCAAGACAUGGGGCUUCACCGUGUAGAAGCCAUCCAACAGAACGUAGAGGCCAGGCGAAGGAUCUGGGCUGCCUUGCUCAUCAGCGACCGAUGGACAAGUCUGUCAUACGGUCAUCCGUACAUGAUAGACGUUAACGACUGCGAUGUCAGACUUCCGUCUACGGGAGAUCCUAACGACUUAUACAUGGACGAACUCGUCCGUUUAAGCAUCAUUCUCGGCCGAGUACUCAAGACAAUAUACAGCCCCUCUGGUCUGACCCUCACCAACGACGAGAUGCUCUACAAGCUGCUCGCAGAUAUCGAAAAUUGGAAAGCUAACCUCCCUGAGAGCCUACAAUUCCGUGGCCCCGACACUCCCAUGAACGCCGGUCUGCUGUUCUUGCUUUAUUCUUGCGUCUCCAUGAUCUUUUGGCGCGUGUUUAUGCGUAUAUCUUAUUCGUGCCCCGCGCACUUGAAGUUUGGGAUGACGGUCGAGAAGUGGUCCGCGCUCGUCAAGCUCACGGGGGACUCGAUCGACUGGUUGGAUAAGCAUGACAAGUUGUAUGAUGUUUGGUUGUUGGUUGCGUAUGCGGCGACGUCAUGUGCUUUGGUCCAGUAUCAUACGUGGGCAAGGAGGAAAGACCCGGAAGCGGCUCUCAAACUGAAGAAACUGCGAGACUGUAUUAGACGGUGGGAGCGAUCCCUCUCUCCAGACCAUAUGUCUGCCCGACGGAAGACCGCGGAAAUCAUCGCGCUUCUGUACGAGUCCACGCAAGGUCCACCCCCACAAAUGGAGACGCCGGCUCUAAAUCCGACGGGUGGUGUCACGGGCAAGAAACCGCCGCCGCUGGGUGGACUUUCCUACGAGCAGGACCCAAGUCGGCCGGGAGGGGGUGUGUUUAUCGCGCAUGGGCCUGUAAAGGAUGCGUAUACAGAUGUGGGCCCGGGCACGAUUAUUAGUACCAGUCGAAAAACGCAGGCGCAACCUCUGCGCAGCCCCACCACGAGCGGCCCCAUGGUCAACUACACGCCAUUAGGAGGUACCAGCACCGGUGGUAGUGGGAUGGCCGGGUCCAACGGUCUCCCGACGGAUCCGAUGUCGAACGUUAACCCUGCGAUGAACGCGAGCGCGCUGAUCGGGAAUAAUGUUCAGCUGAUCAAUAUGCUAGAUGGGCAGCCGUCGAUAAUAGGUGGCGGUAAUGCGACCAUGGCGAUGGCGGAUAAUAAUUGGUUGGAGGGCAUUCCGGGAGGGAUGUUCGAUUGGGGUCAAUGGGACGAGUUCUUCUCCCGAUUGGGCAACCUUCCCGGUUCGAUGAUGGGCAUGUCAGGGAUGCACACGCAACCCCAACCCCAACAGCAGCAGCAGAACCAGCAACAGCAGACGCAAGCUCCUGGAGGACAAAACCCGUACCCGCCACAGCAACAGCAGUACCCGACUGCGUCGCAUCCUAGCUAG